CCUCCCCCCCGGCCCCCGGGGGGUGAGGGAGGCCCGCGGAGGCAACGGCAGCGGAGGAACAGCGGCAGAGCCGCGCCGCCCCCGAGUUCAGCGCGGUGCCAGCCGAACCGCCGCGCCGCGCCCCCGCCCGGCCCUCGCCCUCCCCCAGCCGGCCCUCGAGUGCCGCCAGCAGGCGACCCCGCGGGGUGCGCGCGGCGAGGCAUCUGGGCAGAGAGGCACCUCCCCUGAGAAGCCCGCAGGGCGGCGUCCCGCGGGGAAGAUGAGCGGCACCGGCGCCAGGUCCAGCCACCUGUCCCAGCCCGUCGUGAAGAGCGUGCUGGUGUACCGCAACGGGGACCCCUUCUUCGCGGGGCGUCGCGUCGUCAUCCACGAGAAGAAGGUGUCCAGCUUCGACGUCUUUCUGAAGGAGGUGACGGGCGGCGUCCAGGCGCCUUUUGGGGCGGUCAGGAACAUCUACACCCCGCGGAGCGGGCACCGCAUCCGGAAGCUAGACCAGAUCCAGAGCGGGGGCAACUACGUGGCCGGGGGCCCGGAAGCCUUCAAGAAGCUCAAUUACUUGGACAUAGGAGAAAUGAAGAGGAAACCUAUGGAAGUUGUUAAUACAGAGGUGAAGCCCGUAAUGCACAGCAGAAUCAAUGUGUCCGCGCGCUUUAGAAAAUCGCUUCAGGAGCCCUGCACGAUCUUCUUGAUUGCAAAUGGAGACCUCAUAAAUCCAGCCUCUCGCCUCCUCAUCCCCAGAAAAACCUUGAAUCAGUGGGAUCAUGUGCUACAAAUGGUCACGGAAAAAGUCACUCUGAGGAGUGGGGCUGUCCACAGACUUUACACGUUAGAAGGAAAACUUGUUGAGAGCGGGGCCGAGUUGGAGAAUGGGCAGUUUUACGUGGCCGUCGGCAGAGAUAAGUUUAAGAAAUUGCCUUACAGCGAAUUACUUUUUGACAAGUCCACCAUGAGAAGGUCCUAUGGUCAGAAAGCCUCUUCACUACCUCCGAUUGUAGGAUCCAGAAAGUCUAAAGGGAGUGGAAAUGAUCGUCAAUCCAAGUCAACGGUUGGAUCCAGCGACCACACGUCCCCUCAGCCCCCAAAGAGGAAAGGCAAAAAAGAGGAGGUGAAUUUGGAAAAACCCAAGAAAGGGAAACAGAAUGUCAAGUUAAAGAAGUCACCACAAAUAAGUCCAAACGGUGGUGAAGGCGUUUUCCAGGCUGGAGCAGAGAGGUCUGAGACACGGGGCGCAGCAGAAGUCCAGGAAGAUGAAGACACGCAAGUGGAGGUCCCAGUUGACCAGAGGCCAGCGGAAAUCGUGGAUGAGGAGGAAGAUGGAGGAAAAGCCAACAAGGAUGCAGAGCAGAAAGAAGACUUCUCGGGAAUGAACGGUGCUGUUGAAGGAGCAGGAGAGGAGGCGGCGCCAGGUGACUCCGAGCAGGCCGAGGGCGUCCCUCGUCCCAGCGAGGAGCCGGUGGCCCCCGCCCGCGUGACCGGAGGCACGGAUGAGGAGAAUGGCGAGGAGCUGGAUCAGGUGCAUGCCGAGCCUCCGGAGGCAGUGGAGGAGGAAGUCAAGUCGCAGGGAGCUGGCAGUGCACAAGGCGAGGCUGACUUAGACCCUCAAAGACCACCAAGACCCGAAGUAAAAAUCACGAGCCCGCAAGAAAACGAGAACGAACAAAACAAGGACUAUGCUGCCGUAGCAUAGACGAUUUUUAAGAAGACAGUGUAUUGAUCAUCGGGAAAAUGAAGGGCUUAUAACACGUGGCUAUAACACGCGAACAAUAAGGAUAGAGUUACUGCUGAACAUAAUGUGACAAUAUGGUUGAAUGCUGCAUACGGAAUUCUAAGAUUAGAGGCUUCAUGGAAAGGCUAGAUGAUUUUGAGUAGCUACUAAAGGAGAGUGGCUUCUUUUCAUGGGCUGUGUCUGUAAAAGUCAUUUAGAAAAAUUAAGAGGGGUAGAGGCGCAUGUUGCGCAGACGGCAAUUGGCCACUUGUCUCGGUAAGCGAUGAAAAAGGAAGACCACGCCCAUCUCCACUUCUCUGUACAUUUAGAAGUGAGGUUAGUAGAGGGGAGCUUGUUCUAAAGCACUUACCUAGGAAGGCAUAGAAUUGUAGAGAUGAUAAUAGGAAGGCAUGUACUAUUUUUUUUUAAAGCAAUAAACUCUUGCAUAAACAAAUUGUAAUUUAGUUUCAGAGACGGCAGUAGAUUCAUGACUUGUUGACCUUCCUUCCUUUCUUCCUCCUGAUCCCAAAUCCGUCUCCCAAGAAUUAAAAAGAGCACAUUUUGGAAGGAGGCAGUCUC